AUGAUGCAAGCUCUCAAAUGUGUAGUUGUCGGUGAUGGUGCAGUCGGUAAGACUUGUUUGCUUAUUUCAUACACCUCCAAUGCAUUCCCAGGUGAAUAUAUUCCAACUGUUUUUGAUAAUUAUAGUGCCAAUGUAAUGGUAGAUGGUAAAGCAUAUAACUUGGGAUUGUGGGAUACUGCCGGUCAAGAGGAAUACGAUCGUCUUCGUCCAUUGUCAUAUCCUCAAACCGAUAUCUUUUUAUUAUGUUUUUCAGUCAUUUCACCAUCAUCUUUUCAAAAUAUUUCAUCAAGAUGGGCACCAGAAGUUCAACAUUAUAAUGGUCAGAACGCACCAACCAUAUUAGUUGGAACCAAAAUUGAUAUGCGUGAAGAUCGUGAAACUCUCGAGCGUCUCAGAGAUAAGAAUUUACAACCAAUCAAAUAUGAACAGGGUCUCCAGAAAAUGAAGGAAAUAAAUGCAGCCAAAUACGUAGAAUGUUCAGCACUCACACAGAAAGGUCUCAAAGCAGUAUUUGAUGAAGCAAUCAGAAUGGUUGCAAAUCCACCAUGUAACAAAAGAAAAUCAAAGAAACAACAUGGAUGUUUAAUCUUAUAA